AUGCCUUCCCAAGACAUGGGACAGGGGAGACGGCCUGUGACAAGAAAAUUCGAUAGAGGACGUCCUACAGAAGAAGAUUUGGCAGCAGAGGACAUUGGAAAACUUUCGCUGUCUUCAAAUGAUUUGAGAAGAACACCGCCGCGUGAAAAAAAUCGUUCUGAAAACUUCGAAUCUGUGAGGCCGUCAUCUGAUCCUUCGGGAUGUUGCAUCGAGUUGCGAGAAAUGGCUGUCAACAACCAAACGGCUACCCCUGGAAGUGGAAGCCUCCAUAAGCAAGACAGUAGCGAGGUGCCAAAGUGGAUUCCUCCUAAAUUGCCACCCAGCUAUGAAGCGAUGGUUGAUGUCUCGAGCGAAAAACCGAUUGGAGCGAGAGCUCUACCUGCGUGGUGCUGUAUUGUGAAAAUCAGGGAAGAUCAUAUUAUAUGUUUUGCUCCGAUACCAGGAGUUCACAAAAUUCUGAUUGCAAGUGAUCUUAUCAGGUGA